CUGCACGUAAAAGACCGCGACUCGCAGUGACGUGCCCUCGACAAUUUUUCGCGAAUUUGUAUCUAAAUAUGUAAUAUUGAUAGGGAGGCUAUUCUAAAUAAUUAUCCAAGACAUUAUAUACUUCGUAGAAGAAAGAUUAAAGAUGCAACUUCACCAUCCAGUGAAACAACAUACUUCCAUACUUUAACUCUUAUUGUAUUUAUUUGCAUAAUUCUGAGAGAGAUUGUUAAUUAUUGUUAAUUCUCAUUUGUAAUACAUUUUUUAUGUUACUAUCUGUGCAAAUUGCAUCAUGACACUUGUUGAAUACGUGCAAGCUUUGUCUGAUAAUCCUUACUUCGGCGCUGGUUUUGGUUUAUUUGGCCUUGGAGCUGGAGCUGCCUUGUUGAGGAAAGGCGUUCAGAUUGGAGCUGUAUUAUUUAGACGACAUUAUAUGAUCACUCUGGAAGUUCCAUGCCGCGAUAAGAGUUACCAGUGGCUUCUACAAUGGAUCACGCACAAAGGCGCACAAAAGACACAACAUCUCUCUGUGGAAACCAGCUUCGAACAGAGGGAGACUGGUCAUGUAAAAACCAAAUAUGACUUUAUUCCUAGCAUAGGAACUCACUUUUUCAGAUAUAAAGGCAACUGGAUAAAGGUAGAAAGAACUAGGGAGCAACAGACUUUAGAUCUACAUAUGGGUGUACCAUGGGAAACUGUACAGUUGACGGCGUUUGGCAAAGACAGAAGCAUAUACUUUAAUAUUCUCGAAGAAGCCAGACAAAUGGCUUUGAAAGAACACGAAGGAAAGACUAUAAUGUAUGUUGCCAUGGGGAGUGAAUGGCGACAGUUUGGACAUGCCAGAAAGAGAAGACCGCUGGAAUCGGUGGUCCUAGAUACCGGUGUAUCUGAGAAGAUAUUAAACGAUUGUCGGGAAUUCAUCAAUAAUCCAUCGUGGUACAGCGAAAGAGGGAUACCAUAUCGCCGAGGCUAUUUGUUACAUGGACCUCCGGGAUGCGGCAAGUCCUCGUACAUUACCGCAUUGGCCGGAGAAUUGGAACGCGGUAUUUGUGUUUUAAAUUUAUCCGAAAGAGGUCUGACGGAUGACAGACUGAAUCACUUAUUAGCAGUAGCACCGCAGCAAACGAUCAUCCUGCUGGAGGAUAUCGAUGCCGCUUUUAUCAGUAGGGAAGAUUCUAAAGAAGUUAAGGCAGCGUACGACGGUCUCACUAGAGUAACGUUCAGUGGUCUAUUAAACUGUUUGGAUGGUGUGGCUUCUACAGAAGCUAGAAUAUUAUUUAUGACGACUAAUUAUUUGGAUAGAUUAGACCCUGCGCUCGUUAGACCGGGUAGAGUCGAUGUAAAAGAAUAUAUCGGAUGGUGCAGUACAAAUCAGGUCGAGCAAAUGUUUUUAAGAUUUUACAAGGAACCGGGCAAGGAUUCUGGUGCACUUGCAAAGGAAUUUGCGAGCAGCGUCAUGUCCUUCAAGAAAAAUGUCAGUCCGGCACAGAUUCAGGGAUACUUCAUGUUCCACAAAAGUAACCCCAACGCGGUCGUAAAUAACGUCUCGCAAAUCUGGGAGCUCACGUGAUAAAAAGCGAAAUUGUAGUUAUAAUUCGAAGUAAAGCUACAUGUGAUCAUGCAAGUCAAUUGACUAGAUUAGUGUUCCCUUU